AGUCUCCGCAGUAAGUUCAUCACGAGUAGUUGGUGUUUUUCGUUCGUGCGUGGGGUGAAAAGAAAAAAAAAAGAGAAGUUGCCUAAUUUUUCCUUCCCUGAGUUUUUCUCCGUGUGGUGUUCAAUAUUGAAUUUCCCAAUAAUCAAAAAGAAGAAAGUUUGCGUGUUUAGUAUUUAGGCAGGAAGUUAAUGAUGUGGAAAAUGCAAAGCAAAUGAAGGUGCACUUCCGGCAGACGAAAAUAGGUGGAACGACGCUGUGGAAAAGGGAAAGCCAAUUUGGUGUUGGGCACAUAAAAGUGUGGAGGCAGAAAGGAGGAGAGAGCGUGAGAGAGUGCGUGUGGAGGUGGAAACGCUCACACUCUCCAUCUGUUGGGGCUCCAAAAGCUAAUCAUCUUGUGGGUGUUUUGCUAAUUAAAAAGUAAUAUUCUAAUUAUGACGAUGGGAAUCACUCCCAGGAGUGAAAAGUGCGGUGUGAGUGCAAAAGACGCUGCAGAAGUGUACAAUAAAUAGUGCAUUGGAAGGUAGAAAAAGCGGCGGAACAUCAACCAUGUCCUCCCAUUCCUCGUGCACCGGGAGCACCUGCAGCGAUGGUGAAACAUGCACAUCGUCAUCAUCCGGAGAGCCCAAUUUGCCAUAUCCAGGAUUUCCGGAGAUAUCACUCAAAUAUCUCACUCAGGAUACAAAACCGAGGAAUUGGUGCUUGCAACUCAUCACCAAUCCGUGGUUCGAGCGGAUCUCAAUACUGGUAAUCCUCCUCAACUGCAUCACCUUGGGAAUGUACCAGCCCUGUGUUGACGAUGAAUGUGUUACAAAUCGCUGUAAGAUUCUUCAGAUAUUCGAUGACAUAAUCUUCGUGUUCUUUGGCAUGGAAAUGACCAUCAAAAUGGUAGCAAUGGGGGUGUAUGGGAAGAAUACCUACCUGGCGGAUUCGUGGAAUCGUCUGGACUUCUUCAUUGUUCUGGCGGGGGCCAUUGAGUACUGCUUGCACGUGGAGAAUCUCAAUUUGACUGCAAUACGAACGAUACGAGUACUCAGGCCAUUGAGAGCAAUCAACAGAAUACCGAGCAUGAGGAUUUUAGUUAUGCUGCUGCUCGACACUCUACCAAUGCUUGGCAACGUCCUACUGCUGUGUUUUUUUGUAUUCUUCAUUUUCGGCAUUGUGGGCGUUCAGCUUUGGGAGGGAAUCUUGCGGCAGCGUUGCGUCCUCCAGCUCCCGAACAAUGUUAUACCACCAGAGGAGCUACCAGAGGGGUACAGAGCUCGAGUGCGCGUUAAUUCUGUAUCAUUCUACUAUGAAUUUUCAAAGGAGCAAGAUUACAUUUGUUCGAAGCCAGACGAUUCCGGAAUGCACCUAUGUAACAGUCUUCCCGCAUAUCGAGUUGGACCCCUCAUAUGCAAUGCUUCAGCAGUUCCAUUUUCCCGCAAUUACCCAACAAAUACAUCAUGUGUCAAUUGGAAUCAGUAUUAUACAAAUUGUAGCCAGUUGGGCGGAAAUCCCUUUCAGGGCACCAUAUCCUUUGAUAAUAUUGGAUUAGCUUGGGUUGCAAUUUUCCUGGUAAUAUCGUUGGAAGGAUGGACGGAUAUAAUGUAUUACGUGCAGGAUGCUCACAGUUUCUGGGAUUGGAUUUACUUUGUGCUACUCAUUGUGAUUGGGUCAUUUUUUAUGAUCAAUCUGUGUCUCGUCGUAAUCGCAACGCAAUUCUCAGAGACAAAAAAGCGCGAAAUGGAGAGAAUGCGUCAAGAACGUGCGAGAUUUACAUCAACAUCAACACUCGCUUCCAGUACAAAUAAUUCCGAACCAACCACAUGCUAUGCCGAAAUUGUCAAGUACAUCGCACAUCUGUGGAGACGCUUCAAAAGGAGACUUAUUAAGAAGUUACGAUUGUAUAAGUACGCGAAGAAGCAACGCCGGGAGGGAUUGCUUCCUGCGCCGGAUAUCCUCACACUAUCACCCAGUAAGAUUAAAGCGCACCACCCAAAGUGCCAUAAAUACGGAAUGGAGAAAGCUACAAAUAUCAAAGAUCAGCAGCAACUGAUAACCGUGAUGGUGCCACUGAAUUCAACAACCACACCGAAUAAUUCAACGGUGGUGGCAACAACGGUCGGUGGUGGGCUGAAUGGGGGUGGAAAUGGUGCCAUCAAUGGCAUUGAGUCAUCCAUGGUGAAUUCAGCAUUGAGCCAAAAUGUUCCCAAUGACGGUCAAGUGUCGUCGCCUGAUAACUCGGAAUUAUCAUUGGAUCACUCGAGGAGCAAUUCUGUGAGGCGGAAAAACAUCAACAACAACAACGGUGGUCGUGAGGAGCAGAAGCAGAAGACGCUACUACUUAAAAUUCCAAGCAUGACGGAGUCUGAGCAAUUAUUGAGUGAAAGAUCAAAUUCGGGCUUUCUCAGUCCCCCAAUUUCCACGAGGCGUCGCUCAUCUGUGAUGUUCAACGAAUAUGUAAUACUGCACACACCCCCAACGGUCCCUGAUGCGAAUGUGGAGAAAAAUGUGAGCGAGAAGAUGACACAGGCGGGUGAUGGGAGUAUUUGGCAAGUGAAUUUGCAAAAUACCAUCGGUAGUCACUCGCUGCAGACCGCCCUUGUGGAUUGCUCAGACCUGAGUCUCAAUGAAGCGAUGACGUGUCAGGAAUUGCUGGCAUUCUCUGUGGCAUUCUCAGCCGCCUUACCAACUGGUCAUGGUACCCUUGAAUCAUUCUACACAUCCCUCGCACGGAGUGAACCACGUACAGCCACCCCCGUAGCUGCCAAUGAUGCUGUUCCCCAUCAAAAUUCCACAGCACCCACCCAGGAGGACUUCUCGUGUUGCUACGAACACUACCAGAAUGCCCUCCUUGAGGCGGAGAGUCAGCGGAUAAAGCAAAAAUCGCGCUUCACCCUCACCAUUGUGACCAUUUACAAAGUCGUGAGCAAAGUGUUUGGGUUCAUUCAGAAGUACGUGAAGAGAUUUGUGGAGCAUAAGUAUUUUCAGCAAGGCAUCCUCCUGGCUAUACUCAUAAAUACUCUCUCAAUGGGUAUUGAAUACCACAAUCAACCGUCUGAGCUCACAACCAUCGUUGAGACGAGCAAUAUUGUUUUUUCUGCAAUUUUUGCCCUUGAAAUGCUACUGAAAAUUAUUGCCGAAGGACCUUUUCGCUACAUUUCCAAUGGUUUCAAUGUUUUCGACGGCGUGAUUGUUGUUCUCAGUGUUGUGGAGCUUUGCCAACAAUUUCUGGGCGAAAGAGAAGGAAAUUCCGGGCUUAGUGUUCUCAGGACAUUUCGAUUGCUCCGCAUACUGAAGCUUGUACGUUUCAUGCCAAAUUUGCGACGACAACUUCUUGUGAUGCUACGAACAAUGGACAAUGUUGCCAUCUUCUUUUCCCUCCUCAUUCUAUUUAUUUUUAUCUUCAGCAUACUUGGUAUGUACUUAUUUGGGGGUAAGUUUUGUAAAUUUAUGGACGGUACUGGGCAAGAAAGGGAAUGCACUUGUCCGGAGAUUGUAAGCAAGCAUCCGCUCUGUGAAUGUGAUCGCAAGCACUUUAACAACAUACUGUGGGCGACUGUAACAGUUUUCCAAAUAUUGACACAAGAGGACUGGAAUGUGGUUCUCUUUAACGGCAUGGAAAAGACAAGCCACUGGGCAGCGCUAUAUUUCGUGGCCCUAAUGACCUUUGGCAACUACGUCCUUUUCAAUCUACUUGUUGCUAUCCUCGUGGAAGGAUUCAGUUCAGAGCGCAAUGAACGUCGCGAACGGGAACAGCGUGAGCUCGUGAAGAAAUUGCGCGAAGAGAAUCUGUCUGAGAAUAUUAAUGACAUCUACGAUGAUAUUCGGAGUUUCUCAGAGUCAACAACAACAAGCGACAGCUACCAGGAGAUGAAGAAUAAAUGGCACAGUGCGGAGGAGUUGCGGAAAAAUCGUGAUGGGGUGCCGGAGCCAAAAUGCAACAUCCAAAAACAAAAGCUGUUGCAGCCCAAAAUUGACUAUUCAAGUGAUUCUCUGGCCAAAGGACCCAUGGGGCCGGGGAGGCAAUUUGAACGGGAUGCCGUCAGCAAUUCCUCAUUCCGUGUGAAACCCAACAAGAGUCACUGUGAAGUGCUGAAGCUCGAUUGUAUUAAAUUGAGUGAGCCACCAACCAUCACAACGACCGCAGCCACUCCGCAGGAUUCACCAAAUACCACAACGGAGACGGGUAGUAGCUACAAGCCGUGGGAUGAUCCCAAUUUUGAUUGUGCAGACAAACAGUCGAGUCAGCAGAGUAUUCCGUCGCUGUUGCAGCCACCAUCCCUCCUGGGAUCUCUCAAGCUGCUGGAUGAGAAAGUUUGCCCCGAGCACGCGGGAUCUUCUUCCAUUUCGCAAACGGACCUAAAGUCAAAGAUCCCAAAGGGGUUAAAUUGCGAGAGCACAUCAGAUAUAUCCCAAUCACAGGCGGAUGAGGUGAAGUCAAGUGGUGCGGAGGCACAGCAGGAGGGUGGUGGUGGUACAACAUUCCAACGUGGAUCGAGCUUUAAGAGAUUCAACAGGAGCAGCUCGAAGCGGAAGAAGACAAAGACACGGAGUGAGAGUGAAUCGGGGGAUGUGGUGCUAAAUAAUGGGCAUCAAUUGGCAGCCUCGAGUGCCACAUUGGCCACAAAGCAGAACAAUGUGGCCGCACAGAUGCGCCGGUCGCAUCCGGGCCUCCAGGCUGCCCAUAGGAUACAGAAUGACACAAAGGACACAUCGGGUUCCAACAAUCGCCUCAGCCCGCAGAAUAGCAUACGCCGCCCCUCAGUCUCAUCCCUCAGACGUGCCUCGUGUAUCUACAACAAUGCCCAUCUCUAUCACAAUGUCGGUCGCAGAGCGUCCAGCAUUAAGAACUACCCGAGCCCCAAUAAUCGCCGUCGUAUGUCUUCCAUUGAGCACGCCUAUGAGAAAGUGUCCAACAUCAAUAUUUACAAUUUUGAGAAUCAACAGAGGCUCGAUGAUCCACGUACAUCAAAGAUUAAUCUCGAAAUCCUCCAGAAAUCCAUCUCAAACAUUCACAUUCCCGCCAAUCAGGAGAGUCUCUCUGGUCAGCAGAUUGUCCAUGAGGAGCACAGGCCUAGGCUGAAGCGCAUCAUUGAGCAUUUUAGCUCACGGAACUUUACCGAGGAGAGAGAUGAUUUUUCCCUGUAUAUUUUCCCACCGGAAAACAAAUUUCGUAUCAUUUGCUCGUGGUUUGUAAACCAAAAAUGGUUCGAUAAUGUAAUUCUGCUCUUCAUUGCCCUAAAUUGCAUCACCCUGGCCAUGGAGCGCCCCAAUAUUCCGCCCACAAGUACCGAAAGGAUCUUCCUGGCCACAGCAAAUUACAUCUUUACAGUUGUCUUCACCACGGAGAUGUUCAUAAAAGUUGUGGCAGCAGGAAUGUUCUACGGGCAUGAUGCCUACUUCACAUCCGGAUGGAACAUCAUGGAUGGCUCAUUGGUCAUCAUCUCCAUCGUUGAUCUCCUCAUGUCUCUUGUGAGUGAAUCCAGUCCGAGAAUUUUUGGGAUUCUCCGGGUAUUUCGUCUUUUACGCUCUCUGCGUCCACUGCGGGUGAUUAAUCGUGCACCUGGACUAAAGUUGGUUGUUCAAACACUCCUCUCAUCGCUACGCCCCAUCGGGAAUAUUCUCCUUAUUUGUGUUACAUUCUUCGUGAUCUUUGGAAUUCUGGGAGUCCAAUUGUUCAAGGGGACCUUCUACUAUUGCGAAGGGGAGCACAUAAAAGGUGUCAAGAACAAGACGGAUUGUCUGUCGAAUCCCAAUAACGUGUGGAUCAACAGGAAGUACAAUUUUGAUGAUUUGGGCAAGGCACUGAUGUCACUAUUUGUCUUAUCCUCACGAGAUGGAUGGGUCAACAUCAUGUACACUGGACUGGAUGCUGUGGGAGUCGAUCAGCAGCCCAUUGUGAAUUACAAUGAAUGGCGCCUCCUCUACUUUAUCGCCUUUAUCCUUCUCGUGGGAUUCUUCGUGCUCAACAUGUUCGUGGGCGUCGUGGUGGAGAACUUCCAUCGAUGCCGUGAGGAGCAGGAGAAGGAGGAGAAGCUGCGAAGGGCGGCAAAGCGUGUCAAACAACUGGAGAAGAGUCGCAAAAGAAUGAGCAUUCCACCGUACUACACCAACUACUCCCCAUUGCGACUCUUCGUCCACAGCGUCGUGACAUCCAAGUACUUUGAUCUGGCAAUUGCGGCCGUGAUUGGAUUGAAUGUUGUUACGAUGGCAAUGGAGUACUACAAGAUGCCAAUGGCCCUUGAGUAUGCACUCAAGAUUUUCAAUUACUUCUUCACCGCUGUCUUCAUCUUGGAGGCCAUCAUGAAACUUGUGGCUCUGGGGAUAAGGAUAUAUCUCAAAGACAAGUGGAAUCAACUUGAUGUAGCCAUUGUUAUACUCUCCAUUGUGGGAAUUGUUCUUGAGGAGCUUGAAACGAAUAUUAUUCCCAUUAAUCCAACAAUUAUUCGUGUUAUGCGGGUGCUGCGGAUAGCCAGAGUACUAAAAUUGCUCAAGAUGGCCAAGGGGAUACGAGCACUAUUGGACACGGUGAUGCAAGCACUGCCACAGGUCGGCAAUUUGGGCCUCCUUUUCUUUCUUUUGUUCUUCAUAUUUGCCGCUCUGGGAGUUGAGCUCUUCGGACGCCUGGAAUGUUCAGACGAUAUUCCAUGCCAGGGUCUGGGGGAGCAUGCUCACUUCGCCAACUUCGGAAUGGCGUUCCUUACGCUCUUCCGAGUGGCAACUGGCGAUAACUGGAACGGCAUAAUGAAAGACACCCUGCGUGAUGACUGUGACGAUGCGGCAGAUUGUGUGCGGAACUGCUGUGUCAGCACGGUUAUCGCGCCCAUCUUUUUCGUUAUCUUUGUUUUAAUGGCCCAAUUUGUGCUGGUCAACGUGGUUGUGGCCGUCCUCAUGAAGCACCUCGAGGAGAGUCACAAAAUGAUGGAGGAUGAGAUUGAGAUUGACAAUCAGCUGGAGCGUGAGUUUGAGAAGAGUCAAAAGGACAAGGAGGAUCAGGAGCUCUGUAUGCAGUUGGAAUCCGAAACGAAUUCCCUGCAGAAGCGUCCAUUAGCCAAGGUGUCCUCCUUGCCGUCGAAUUUCACCUACAGUACACCUGUCUUUGAGCGUCGCUACUCUACGCAGCGUCGGCAAACAAUUCAAUACUUCCAGCAAUCGCUGGGAAUGUCCCCGGAUAUCCGGAACUACAAUACAGCGGUGUUCAGUAAAAAAGGACGACGCUCCACGGAUGAGGGCGAUGGGAAGGUCAAUAUAAAUGGCUUUGAAUUUGCUGAUCAGCAAUUUUCACGUGGAAAGUACCACAAGAGAAAAUCCUGGAAGCCACGGCUGUCGCAGGAUCGCUCAUUUGACGAGGAGCCAGCCGAUGAGAUGAGAACUGCCGAAACACACUCAACUCACGACGUACCGUCGCUACAGCGACAGGAGGAGGCACCAGCUCAACGAUCUGCCUCCACGAGAACCCUGACAAAGAGUCACACCGUCGACAGGGAGCCAGAACUGAUUCUCCUGCCGGAGAACAUUAGAAUGACGCAUGGGAUUGCGUUGGGGGAUGAGAAAAAGCUGUCCGAUGUACGAAAAUCCAAUCCCUUCCUCUCCACGCGAUCCUUCUCCACUGACACGGGAAAAUCCUACCUAAGUGUGCCAAAACUCCAGCCACGGAGUCGCUCAGGGAGCACGAAGCAGCUCUUCAAGCAGGUUGCCGUGGAGGAGGAUCACGAUGUCGAUGAGAGUACCCUCCUACUGCCAACUAUUGGUACCCUCAGUGAGGACACAGCGAAGGUGGUUAGUGAGAAGGAGGGCACGGAUCUCGGUGAGGAGGAUAAAAUUCAGGAAGAUGAAACAGAUCCACCCGCUGAGCCGGCCAAAAAGUCCGACUCAACGGAAAUCCUCAGGAUCAUCUCUGAGCGACGUCGGAUGGAGAGGAAGGAUACGGAUGAUAGUUCGGGCUACAAUGAGCUCCUCAUUGCAAAGUCCCCAGAGUCAUCGACGGACAUCUAGGGAGUAAGCAGCAACUGCAUGAGCCAAAAUACAUUUUAAUGGAGAUUAUUUAUCAAUAGGUGGAUGUAAGGAAAUUGUGUAAAAUUUUAGUUUUUCACACGAAAAGGGUUGAUGGAAAAGUUCUGGGAACUUUUUUCUUUAACUUUUCAUUUAAAUCUUUUCUUUUUUGAGCAUUCUACGGCAAGAUUAUUUGUUUACAAAAUGUAUAUUCUUUUGUAAUUUAAUUCCAUCCUUUAUUCUUUUAAAUAUUUUUAAAUUGAUUAAUGACGAUUUUUUUUCGACUUAAAACUUAAUAAUGCCUUAUUAAAGUCCCAAAGAACUGCCCAUCAACCCCUAAAACGUUGACUCUCUUUCUCUCUCUAUUGUAGGCCGUUUCUUUCCUUUUUUUCUACUCUACACAUUAUGUACCGAAAGAGAGAAAUUUGCGAGAAAGGAGUUCAAUGGUAAAGGUUUCUCUAAAAGCGAAAGAAAAUUUUAAAAAAAUGGGGAUGUAAAUUAUUUUAAAAAAAAAGAAAAACAAACGAGGGAUACAAGAACGAAGAAAAAAUCUACUCUAGUGCUAUUUAAUAAAAUUUGCCUUUCCUCUACUUUAGAUUUUUACACAAUUGAAUUGAACAAGUUUUAAUGUUAAGGAGGAUAUUAGAAAGUAUAUUAUAUAAAAUAUAAUAAUAAAUAAAAUAGGGAAGAAUUAAUAAGAGGUCUCUCUACGUAAAAAAAAACACAAAAGAAUAUACCUUAAUAGUGACAAAGGUAGAAGAUUCUAUUUAGAGAAAACAAAAAUAUAUAUCUAUGUUUCCAGUAGGCAAAAAAAGGAGAAAAGAAGAACAAAAGAACUUUUAUAGGAGGAUUAGAUACAAAUGGAAAUGGUUGCUGGUAAAUGGACAAAAAAAUUAUUUAGUGGUUUAGAGUUGAACUAUAAAAAAUCCUUUUGGGAAUACAAAGUCUGUCAAUUAAUUCUUAAACAGGAAGAACGUGUAGAUCAAACAGGAUGUGUGAGACGAAGAAGAAGAAUAAAAAUCUUGACCAAAUUUGAAAAUUCUCAGAGGUUGAGGAAUCAUCCUCUCCCUCCUCCUCCUGAGGAAACGACAAUUAAUAGCAAUAACACAAUAAUUAGAAGAAGAAAAAAAGACAACAAUGAGGAAUAUUUGUUUGUUCACACACACACACUACAAAAUGUGGAGCUCUAUGAAAAAGGGAUCAUCCAAAAGUCGCCAAAAUAAAAUCAAAUCAGCAAGAAAUUAAACGCGGAUAUGACGUCAUAAAGAUAUUAUUAAAUGAAAAAAAGUAUAUAAUAUAUAAUCAGGGAUUUAUGGAAUUUUAAAUGAAGAUAAAAAUCUUGGUUUUUGAAACUCCUUCACACAGCACACGAACUUUUUUGCUCACAAAAAAAUCUCCAACACACGUGGAAAGGCGAAAAAUUCCAAUAAAAUUCUUCUAAAACAAAAACCUUUUCAUGAAUGUAGAAUUAUUUUCUACAAAAAUUUAAUACUGAAGAAACAGUAUUAAAAAAAAACGAAAAAAAACCUUUGGGAAUAUUCUCUCUCUAACUCUGUAGUUUUGAUGAGGUAAAAAAAAAAUUAGGGUUGUAAAAUGUUUAAAAAAAAAAGAGAGGAAAAAUCAGAAAGAUUUAGUAACAAUUAUAUUAUUGAAAUGACAAUCUUGUAGACGCCUUUUAGAGACUCUUGAAGACAAAUAUUUAGUAAAAAAAAAAUGGAAUGGAAAGCAACAAAAAAAAUGAGAUGAAAAGAAAUAGCGAAUCAGUGUUAGAUUUACAAAUAAAUUCUAGGACUCGAUGUUAUUCUUUUCAAUCAAUGCGAAUGAUGUUUUUUUCUUCAAAGGGGCGUUUAAUUGUGGAAUAUUCAUUAUUUAUUUAAUGUUUUUAUAAUCAAAGUUUAAAGUUAAAGUUUGAAGAUGAUCGAAAAAUGUUUUCUUUAUUUUCUCAAUUUAAUCACAUUACGACAUCUCGUGAGCAAUGACUUCCUUCAUCAAGCAUAAAAUUUAAUAGAAAUUGCCCAUUUAAACGGCCCUUUAAAUAUGUUUUCUCUAACUAAAUUGAGGAAGAUAGAAUUUUUCGAAAGAAAAUUGCAAAAUUAAAAAUUAGAAAAGAAAAACAAUAAUUAAUUAAAAAACACAGUGUCCAAGAGAAAGACAGGCUAUCAUUAAUACUUCUAUACUCAUGUCUAAAGGAAAAACUUCCACAUUUCCAUUCUUCAACCCCCAUCUUUGACUAUAAGCGCCGAAAGGGAGAUGAUGAUGGAAAGGAUUAAAAAAAAAUAGAGAAUUUACUAUUAAUAGAAGUUCUUGUGAAUAAACAACAAAUAUAUAUGGAGUUUUUUGCAUAUAUACCUAUUAAAGAACAAAAAAAGUAAAAUACUGAUGAGGAAAAUUGUAAAAGAAAUGUCUAAAAACACAAAGAAAUGAACUUUCUAAAAUCUAUUGUUAAAUUUUUCAAAUUCAUCUGUGAUAUUAUGACACAAUUUAAGUUUUGACUAUUUUCUCAUUUUUUUUUCUCUCUAUAUUCUAUACUGUAGUGUGUUCUUUAUUCUUCAUCUAUUGUAUCUAUUACAACAUAAAAUUCGCUAUGUAUAAAAUUCAAUUCAUGAGGAAUCUUGGGAAUCUUUCUGUCGACCAAAAAGGAUUCACACCACACUGUUGUACAUAGUUAAAAGAAAGAAAAAUUAAUAGAAAUUAUUAAGAGCAAAAUUUUUCUUAUAUACACUGAAACACACCCCCACACACAUUCACCCUCCACCCCCUCCAGAAAAGAAGAAAUAAAAUAUUCAAAAAAAAUUACAGAACAAAUUCCAUCUAACUUCUCAAUACCGUCCGAUUUUCCUUUUAAUUUGCAAACACCCACACAGAAAAAAAUUCCAUUAUUUUCUACACUAAAUUCUCUCUUAAAAAUACUUUCUUGGGUAAAGGAAAAUGCAAUUCUUUCCGUUAAAAAAAAACCUUUUUGUAACAAAUCAAUAUAAUCGACCUAAUUAAUGAAAAAGUUAAAAAGUAAUUUGUAAAAAAAAAAAAGAAAGAAAUUAAUUAAUUGUAAAAAAAAGCUGUAGCUUUGUGCAGUUAUAUUUCUCAAGUUAAUUUCCCAAAUCAAAAAAAAAAGAUAUGAAGUGGAAAAUAUAUAUUAUAAAUUUUAGUUUAGAUAGAAUAAAUUGAAAACAAUAUUCUCAAUUAAAAGAUUUAGUGCUACAAAAUGACAAAAAGAGUUAUUAAAAAAAAUGGAGAAAAGAGAAAUUUAAAAAAAAAUGUAGCAAAGAAUAGGAAAAAUUGUUGUUAACUUGGCGCUUCGUUAUUUUUUCACUGUGCCUUUUCUAUUCUGUAUCAUGUAAUAAAAGUGAGAGAUUCAAGAAAAAUAAUAAUAUAAUGUAAUUAAAUUCUAUUAAAGAGAAAUUGAAGUA